UUUCGAGCUUUGGUUCGGUUAGUCGUCGACGUCAAGUAAUAGUGCGCGCACGUUGCCGUGUUUUCAGUUUGCGAGAAGGUCUGAGUCAUGGUGGACUGUUCUGUCGGUCCGAGUAAUUGUUUCACAUGUUGUUCGGUUUAAGUGAUAGUGAUGGAUAUCAUUAAUAUUAAUUACACAGUGAUCACAGGGAUAUUUUGGGCGAUACAAUGGCAGUUCUUGGGAUAUCUGACUGCAGCACAAUAUCGUUCCCCAAGGAUAACGGAACACCCAUCUGAUACCAUAGUAGCCAAAAAUGAACCGGUCACCCUCAACUGCAAAGCUGAGGGCAGACCUGAACCAAUCAUUGAAUGGUUCAAAGACGGAGAACCGGUGAAGACGAGCCCCACUGACAACAAGUCUCAUCGGGUUCUUCUGCCUGCCGGUUCUUUGUUCUUUCUCAAGACCAUGAACAGCAAGAAGGAGCAAGACGUUGGAACUUAUUGGUGUGUCGCCAAAAACAUAGCGGGUUCUGUAACGAGCAGGAACGCGUCGCUUCAAAUUGCAGUGCUCCGAGACGAAUUCAGGAUCAUGCCGACGGAUACCCGAGUGGCCGCGGGGGAGACGGCCCUCCUUCAAUGCGGGGCCCCUCGCGGCCAUCCCGAGCCCAAUUUGCUAUGGAAAAAAGACGGCCAGCAGUUGGACGUGGAUUCCGACAGGAGGAUGCGAAUCGUGGACGGCGGCAACCUGAUGAUAAACGACGUGCGGCAGCACGACGAGGGGAAAUAUCAGUGCGUGGCCCAUAACCUGGUGGGGUCCAGGGAGUCUCCGCCGGCCCUGCUGACUGUUCACGUCAAACCAUUCUUCACCAAAGAGCCCCACGACAUCCUGGCAGUUCAAGGAGAGCGAGCGAAAUUCGAGUGUCGCGUUGACGGUGAACCAGCGCCUGUGGUUUUGUGGCGCCGAGAAGACGGCAAGAUGCCUGUUGGACGAGCCCGUAUACUUGAUGAUAAAUCGUUGUCCAUAGAUGACGUCCAAAUGUCGGACGAAGGGAUAUACAUAUGCGAUGCUCAAAAUGACGUAGGCACCAUUGCAGCCAAGGCGUCCCUGGUGGUUAACUCACCCCCGGAAUUCAUCGAUAAGCCUCUGGAUCAAAAGGUGGGCUUGAAUGGAGUGGUCGAGUUCCAAUGCACGGCAACAGGAAAUCCACCACCUUCGGUAUUUUGGCAUAAGGAAGGUUCGCAGCAAUUGAUGUUUCCCGAUACUUCAUACGGACAUAUGCACGUCAACGCACAUGGGACACUGCGUAUACAAGGGGUCCAGAGGGAGGAUACGGGUUACCUGGUGUGUUCGGCCUUGAGCGUGGCUGGAUCGAAAAGUGUUAGAGCGUAUUUGCAGGUAACUUCUGUUGCGGACCUACCUCCGCCAAUCAUCCAGUUAGGUCCUUCCAAUCAGACAUUGCCUCUACACAGCAUGGUGACCUUGCAUUGUAAAGCCUUGAGUCCAGAAGGGGAUCAACCCAAGAUGAGAUGGCUGAAAGAUGGAAAAUUGCUACAACCUAAUAAAUUACCCAAUAGGUACUCCAUAAAUGAGAUUGGUGUUCUGGAUAUUGAUGAUCUUCGCUUGGAAGACUCCGGUCAAUACACAUGUUCGGCGGCAUCAGAAAGUGGCGAGAGUUCUUGGUCGGCCUUCCUGAGUGUCGUGGAAGGAUCCACUUCAUCCCUUCACAGAAGUCCAGACCCGUCCACAUUCCCGAAGGCACCCGGCGCCCCGAAGAUAAUCAACGUCACCACCUCAUCAGUAAUCCUAUCCUGGGAACCAGCCGAAAGAGAUCCGACCCUAGUGGGCUACACCAUCGAAUACUGGAGUCCGGACCUGCAAACGGGAUGGGUAGUCGUGGCGCAUCGAGUGUUCAACACGCGCAUGACCGUCCAAAAUUUGAAACCCGAUAGCUCUUACGUUUUUAUAGUGCGCGCAGAGAAUUCUCACGGCAUAUCUCCGGCCAGUUCUUUGUCCGCGAUGGUGAGAACCUUGGCCAACAUGUUCUCUGACCACGGUUCUAAGCUGGAUAUGGCCAGGACCCUCCUCAGCACCAAGAUAGUGGACUUGAUAGACGCGCAACCGCAGACUUCCGACUCUGUCAUAUUGAGCUGGACCUUGAACUCCCCCGACUACAUGGAGGGACUCUACAUCCGUUUCAGGGAACUGUCCGGUGGUCCCCACAACUACAACGUCUUGACGGUCUUAGACGCGGUAUCCAAGAGUUACACCGUGACCAACCUGAAGAAGUUCACCAAGUACGAGUUCUUCAUCUCGCCGUUUUACAAGUCAGUGGAAGGUCAGCCGUCGAACUCCAGGAUCGCCCAGACCUUAGAAGACGUUCCAAGCGCACCUCCGGAUUCUAUAACAGCCGGAGUGUUCAAUGAGACGGCAGGUUGGGUCAAGUGGUCUCCACCACCGCCUCAACAUCACAACGGUGUAAUUGUAGGGUACAAGAUCCAGAUCAACAAAGGUAUCAAUCUGAGGAAUAUGUUGAUCAAUGCGACGACAACUUCGGUGCUCAUCAGCAAUCUGACCAACGGAAAGCAGUACACUGCUAGGGUAGCUGCUAUGACGAGUGUUGGGCAGGGACCUUUUUCCAAUUCGGUGCCUUUGUUGACGGCUUCCAGGGCGCAGAGCCCUAGGACUUUCGGACCUUUGGUACCGUUGGUCAGACAACCGUGGUUCGUGGUUUCGUUGGCAGGGUUCGCUUUGGCUUUCGUUUGCGUGUCCGUAGGCGUGUAUUUCUUCAAGAGGAGACAAUCGUUGAACAAGGAGCUCGGUCAUCUGAAUGUAACCGUAGUGAACGCAACGCAAUUGAACGCUAAAGACAGCUUGUGGAUAGACAGAGGUUGGAGAACCGCUGAUUGCGAUAAAGACUCUUCGAUACCACUCUCCCAACCGGCGGAUUACGCCGAAGUCGACACGAGGAACUUGUCGACGUUUUACAAAAAACCCUUAGAUAAUCCCACCCCUUACGCUACGACCAUGUUGUUACCGCCGCCUCAUUGGUCGGAGAUCAUACCCCCACCGCCGGAUCACCCACCUCCAGAUUGCCCCUACGAGCAUACCUUAGACCCCCCGUUGCAUCCAGGGAGCAACAGCGGGAGGGAGGAGGCCUACGCGUGUUACGCCGUGCACACUCCCAAGGAUUACCGACCCCCCUCCAAAAACUCGCGCUCGGGCUCGUACCAUUGCUCGUCGGGUCUGAGCGACUGCUCUGCCGGUUUUCGCGGAGCUCCGCCUCCUAAGGGUUUCUACCACACACCGAGAAAUUGCUGUGAGUCGAGUCAAGUCGGCGGCGCCAUCUGUUGGGGCGAUCACGGUAGCCCAGAUAACGACGAAAGACGUUCGCAUUCGAGUAGCCAUGAGACUACCUGUUCCUGUAGUGAGUCUUCUUGUUUAUACGCGGAAGCUGGGCCGUCUAAUGAUGGUGUGCUGUCCACGAGUAUUUGCCAUAUGAAACGCUUUAAUAAGUGAGGGAUUUGUAAGUGCCAUAUUAGUUAAGAUGUCGAUAAUCGAUACGAGAAAGUCACGCGCAGCUAGAUCUAGGGAAUACUGAUGUGAUACUGGACAGACUGUUACUUCAAGGUGCCUACUCUUGUAUUGGUGAUCUUUCGAUCAGACCUGAAGAUGGAAAUAUGAAACUCGUUACGUAUAAUAUGACUAAAUCGAACAACUCAAUGGGAAAACCGAUAUUUAAAGCCUGUUUUAGAUUGGUAUAAUUAGUAGAACAGUUUACACUAAUAAUUUUUUUCUAAAUUCCUCUACUAUGCUCAUUUUGGUAAAGUAAUUUGCUAGUUAUUUGAAAAGACAUUCUAGUGUCCAGUGCAGAUAUUUUUUUAAAUGAAGUUGAGAAAGUUAUAGAGGAAAAAACUAGUAGGAAAGGAGGAAUUAGGGUGAAGGAUUGUAUUAAGAGAAGCAAUUCAUUGGGAUCAUCUUGUUAUUGGCUUUGAAAUAGCCAGAAUAAUAUAAAAUGAAUGAAUGACACGUGAUAGUUUUGAAUCCCUGCUGAAUUUUAUUAAGCCGAAUAUUUAGAAAAUGGGCACCUUCAUGAGGGAUGCAAUAUCAAUACGUGUUCAAUAAGAACAAUUUUACGUCUACUUAUUUUUUGUUUAUACGUAGUAAGCAAAAUUUAAGGUAUUCCACAUGUGCUAUUCACUUCACUCAGGCACUAUCUUUUGUAGUCUAUACUGCCACUAACAAAACCUGUUCACAUUAUUCUAGUGGGGUAAUAACAAGCACUGUACCAUCGAACUCUACUACUAAUUGUACCAAUGUGAAUCAGGAAAACGGCAGACCUGAUGGUCAUCAUGAAUUUCACCACAUACGUUCAGAUCUUCUUAUCGGCAAGUAUACAAAUCUGAGAAAGACAGAAAAACCGUAUUUUCAAUCGUCCUUUCUAUUCUUCUUUAGUUUUUUUCAUAUGUUUUCCAGGAAUGUAAAUAAAAUGGAGCUUCCUUCACUCACGUAUGUUUAGGAAAAGUCCGAUCCAGACUGAAGAUCUGGACAUGAUCGUAGCAGCGUUAGUACUAAUGAACUGACGAUCUGCAAAUCCAUAUAUUUAAUCGAAAGAUCACCAAUGUGAGUUGGCACUUCAAAAUAUUCUCGGUGGAUAAUUCUUACAACUCUUGAGUUGUCAAAUGUGGUUGUUCAAUUUGAACUUGUUUUCACCUUUAUACCAUUGGCAAAGGCUUCAUUUAAUUUUGAGAGUAAUUU